AUGUUUUUGGAUCAACUUCUUUCGUUGCGGGAGCCAAUAUCAACUUCAACUUCGGUACCAUUUUUAUUGAAAGUCAGUGAAAAUCAUCAAGAUCAAAUAUAUUACGCUUCCUGUCUGUUAUGGAGCAUUGCAAAGCUAAAAUCAGACAAAUCACUCAUCAAGGAUUGUGUUGAAACAACAAAGUUCAAGGGUUUAAUUUUGGAAGAAACGCAACAGUCGAAUAUAUUCUCAUCUUGUCGCAUUCCUGGUGACACGAAAGACACAAUUUAUGUUAACAGAGAAAGCCGACAUGUCGUGGUUCUAUGGAAAGGAUCCGCAUUUAUUGUCAAUAUUAUUUCUGAAAAUGAUGAAGCUUUCAAUGUUUCAGAAAUAUAUGCUCAAAUGAAGGUCAUACAAAGUUAUAAAGGCGAACAGCAAUCGUCAAUCUGUAAAUUUACUUCACUUAGACGCGAUAAGUGGAGUAAAAUUCGUGAAAAUAUUGCACUGAAUAAUAAAGCUUCCUUGGAUUUGAUGGAAAAUUCGAUUGUAACAAUUGCCAUUGAAGAUGAAGAUUCUCCAACUGAUUAUUGUGAAGCAAUUAAUCACGUGCAAUUCGGUGAUCAAACAGGCAACAUGAGAUAUCACGAUAAAACAAUCAAUGUUAUUGUCUAUAAAAAUUGUGUGGCUGGUUUACUAUUCGAACAUACAGUUGUCGAUGGAUUUUUAAUGUACAUAUUUAGCAAGAAGUUGUAUCUGAUGGGCGAAUACAAUCGAAUGGAAAUAAACCAAGUCAAAGUUCCAUUAUCGACAGACAUCAAACCAAUUUCUUUUCAAUUUGAUGAUUCAAACAUAGAAAGAGGCUACUCUAUGCCUACAAUUUCAUAUUUUGACUUCUAUGGUCAUCAGGACAUGUUGAAUUUGUUCAAAGAACAAAAAUUGUAUGAUAUUUGGAUCAACUUCAGCUUGCAAUUAGCAAUCAAAAAUACAUUUGGACAUUUAAAUUUCUUGUAUGUUACACCAACUCAUGUUAGACAUUUUAAACAUGGAAGAUCAGAUCCGACUUACACCAUUACUCAAAAGUCACUAAAGCUCUUUGAAGAUUUGAAUUGUUUGAAGGAUUCAACCGAUAACAUCAUUUAUUCAUUUGUCGAAGCAGUCAAAGAACAUCGACGAAAGAUAAAGUCUACAAAAUUAGGUCAUGCCAUUGGGCCACACAUUUGUCAAAUCAGAAACUCGUUAGCAAACAAAAAAGAUGGAAAUAAACUAAAACUAUUUCUGGAAACAUUUAGUUGUCCAGCAGUGUAUUUGACAGGUUAUGAAACAGUCGAAGAAAUUAAUUUUACGCUUUCGAAUGCAUAUGCCAGAGAUCAACUGACUACAAUAUAUCUUGGAAAAGCUGAUAAAGUUCGCAUUAUUAUGAAUACUCGAGGCAUUUUCAAAGAAAAGCGCAAUGAUUUGAUGAAUAAUUUUCAAAAGGCUUUGAAUAUUUUACAAAAUAUUGUUUGCAAAACUGCAAUAGCUCUUCAAAUGGAUGCAUUAGAAGCUCUAAACAGCGUUCAACAUCCGAAUAAUACAAUGCAAGAAUCUGUCGCCAUUGUUCUUCAUGCAGGAGCUGGGAACAAAAUGUCUCUUCAAAAUGAAAUCAAACAGCUUGUGGAAUUUUCACUACAAGCAGCACUUUCGAUUGGAAUUCAUUCGCUGAAAAAUGGUGAAAGUGCUUUGGAUGCUGUCGAAAAAGUGGUUACUUCACUCGAGAAUUGCUUCUUCUUCAAUGCCGGAAAAGGUUCAAUUUAUAAUGAAGAGCAAAAACAUGAGUUAGAAGCUGCAAUUAUCGAUGGAACACAUCAAAUGUCUGGUUCAGUCGCAUGUCUCACAACAGUCAAAAAUCCAAUAAAAGCGGCAAGAUUAGUAAUGGAAAAAUCGUCACAUUCUUUUAUUAUUGGAUCCAAAGCUGAAGAAUUAGCCAAAGAACAUGGUCUUUCAAUGGUUGAAGAUAAUUCAUUUUUUGAUACUGAAUUUCGUCGCAAAGAAUUCUAUCUCGACAAUUCGAAUGCAAAAAAUCAUACACAGACAGUCGGUGCAUUGGCUCUUGACAUUCAUGGAAAUCUAGCAGCUGCUUCGUCUACUGGCGGAACAAUGAAGAAAACGAAAGGCAGAAUUAGUGAUACAGCUGUAGUUGGUGCUGGUCUAUAUUCAGAUGAGAAUGUAGCCAUUGCUUGUUCUGGAAAUGGAGAAAUAUUUAUUAGAAAUUCGAUUGCAUCAAAAAUUGCUUGUUAUUACAAUAUAAAAAAAAUGGACCUUGCAAAGUCAUGCAGCGAAGUUCUUGAUAAAGAACUAGGAUCGAAUUUUGGUGGAGUUAUAGGACUAACUUCAGAUGGUACUAUCGUUGUUGAUUGUCGUGCAGAAGCAAUGUUUAUUGGCUCAUAUGAUGGACAUCGAUCUAAUGUUGAAAUACUUGAAAAUGUCCAUUCAGCACAUUUCAAAGCACCAAAAUCAUGGUUAAAACCAGAUUUACAUGCAGAAAUCGCACUCAUUGAUCCAUGGUAUCACAUGAUAUUUGAUAUUCAAAAUACUCUCUAUCAUGCAACUGUACAAUUUUUUCAUGAUAUUUUGAACUUUUACUAUGUCAUUACACCGAUAACAACACAAACAAUUUCUUCACCGAUGGGUCUUGGUUCUGAUUCGGAACCCGUUUCCGUGAAUAUAUCUGGUGAAAAAGUCUACAUGGCAGACUCAAUGCAAUUCGCUUUGGAGUAUUUUCUUCGAUUGAAAAAUAAUCUUCUUGGAACAUAUUACAUUUCGCCAAGUUUUCGCGACGAAUCUCCAGAUUCAACACAUCUCAAUCAAUUUUAUCAUGUUGAAUGUGAACUGUUAGGAGAUAUGGAUGCAGCUAUUGAUGUUGCUGAAAAAUAUAUUAUUCAUUUAGCACGAGAAUUUCUCACAAAACAUUCGUCGAUGAUUUCUCGAGUGGCUGGUGGUGUUUCUCACAUAGAAAGUUUAUUAAAAAGCUUUGAGAAAAAUCAAAAAUUUCCAAGAAUAAAACUGGAUGAUGCUCUAAGUAUGAUGGAUGGAUCCGAUAAAUUUUACGAAUCUAUUGUGGAAGGCAAACCAAAAUAUGGCAAAAAAUUAACAAGAAAAGGAGAAAAAUAUCUCAUUGAACAUUUUCAUGGUCCUGUUUGGCUUACAGAUAUGAACCAUUUAGGUGUUCCAUUUUACCAAGCCUAUGCAAAUGGCGAUAAAACAAAGGCAAAAGCAGCUGAUCUUCUUCUCGGUUUAGGCGAAACAUUGGGUUUGGGUGAAAGACAUGAAAUUGCUAAACAAGUUCAAGAAGCACUAGCUCAUCAUCAAGUUGAUGAGAAAGCAUAUGAUUGGUAUAUCAAUAUGAGAAGAGUUAAACCUUUAUUGACAAGUGGAUGGGGUAUGGGUACUGAAAGAUUUCUUUGUUGGCUUUUGCAACAUGACGAUGUACGAGAUAUGCAUGUUAUACCAAGAUUGAAUGGAAUAACAUUCUUACCAUAA